UCCCUGAGAGAACCCUCCUGCAGGGCUGGAUUGCAUGCCUUCAGACAGAAAGAGACUUUAUUAGUUUAAUAUUUAACCACCUGAAGAAGAAGAGCUGCAGCGACGUGAUAGAGGAAUGGCGUUGUUUUUACUCCGAGGACGUUUCUUUCAAUGCAGAGCCAACAUUCAGAGAGUCACGACGGCGGCGCAGCCGUACUGCUCUUCGACGGCCUCGGGCAGUCGGCGUGUUAAUGGAGUGGAUCUGUACUACGAGCAGACAGGCGGAGGGAAACACGCCGUGCUGUUGCUUCCUGGUGCUCUGGGGUGCUCUCGGACUGAUUUUGGACCUCAGUUGAAGUCUCUGAAUAAGGAGCGUUAUACUGUCGUGGGCUGGGAUCCCCGUGGCUAUGGACAAUCCCGCCCCCCGGCCAGAGACUUCCCCCCUGACUUCUUUGAGAGGGAUGCAAAGGACGCAGUGGAUCUGAUGAAGGCACUAGGCUUCGGCAAGUUCUCUCUACUCGGGUGGAGUGACGGAGGAAUCACCGCCAUGAUCGCAGCAGCGAGGCACCCCCAUGUGAUUCGCAAGCUGGUCGUAUGGGGAGCCAAUGCCUUUGUUUCCCAGCAGGACCUCACGCUCUACAACGCGGUCCGAGACGUCUCCAAGUGGAGUGCGAAGAUGAGGAAGCCCAUGGAGGAUUUGUAUGGAGCAGAAGCCUUCGCGAAAACCUGGGAGGCCUGGGGGGACGGGAUCGCUCAGUUUGCAAAAAGACCAGAAGGGAGUAUCUGCCUGGAGCUUCUGCCUCUAAUCAGCUGUCCAACCUUCAUCCUCCAUGGAGAGAAAGACCCCAUGGUGGCCAGCUUCCACCCACAGAGCCUCCUCAAACACAUCAAGGAAUCAAGAUUGCACCUGAUGCCAGAGGGAAAACACAACAUCCACCUGAGAUACGCUGAUGAAUUCAACAAACUGGUGGAAGACUUUCUGGAAGACAAUUUAUAAAUGAAUCAUUUAAUUCAUUAACACUGUGAAAUAAUGACUGAUCCUUUUGUGGAGAAUAACGUGUGUGACUGCAAAUAAUAUAAUUAAAAGACUUGAUUUUGAUAAAUGCCUAAAUUCUACUUCAAUGUUUCUGCAUCAAUUGUUAUGUGUUACUUUAGGAUUUUUUUCCAAAGUAAAUUAAUUGUUUCUCUUAUGUAACUUCAUUAAAUGUGUUGUAAUUGUG